AUGGAGAAACUGGCCGCCGGGCUCGCCCAGAUCAGCUGGAGCUCGGGGGCGCUGCCCCUGGAUGUGAUCGUCAGCAAGUGCCGCCUGCCCACGCUGGUGCGCCUGGGGCCAGGAGAGUACGUGGAGGGGGUGAGUGAGCAGGACGUGCUCCUCAUUCACUCCUGCCGCCAGUGGACCACGGUGACGGCCCACAGCCUGGAGGAGGGGCACUACGUCAUCGGGCCCAAGAUCGACAUCCCGCUGCAGUACCCAGGGAAGUUUAAGCUUCUGGACCAAGACCGGGACGUGCGGGAACCAGUUCAGUAUUUCAACAGCGUGGAGGAGGUGGCCAGCAGCUUCCCGGACCGCGUCUUCGUCAUGGAGGCCAUCAGCUUCAGCGUGAAGGUGGUGUCCGGGGAGUUCAGCGAGGACAGCGAGGUCUACAACUUCACUCUGCAGGUGGGCGACGAGCUGACGCUGAUGGGCCAGGCCGAGAUCCUGUGCGCCAAGGGGGCGAAGGAGAAGUGGCGCCUCCCCACCCUCCUGCGCAAGCUGGGCCGGGCGGGCCCGCCGGGCGGCAAGCCGGUGAAGGGCAAGGUGCCCUGCUUGAUCUGCAUGAACCACCGCACCAACGAGAGCCUCAGCCUGCCCUUCCAGUGCAAGGGCAGCUUCAGCACCCGCAGCCCGCUGGAGCUGCAGAUGCGGGAGGGCGAGCACACCGUCCGCAGCAUCAUCGAGAAGGUGCGGCUGCCCGUCAACGUGGCGGUGCCCGGCCGGCCCCCGCGCAACCCCUACGACCUGCACGCCAUCCGCGAGGGGCACUGCUACAAGCUCCUCAGCAUCCUCUCCAGGACCGUGGUGCUGGGCUGCAUCCUGCGCCAGGAGGCCGUGGUGCCCUUCCACGUCCUGCUGCUGAGCGACAUGCCGCGCUUCGCCCUGCCCCAGGGGCUGCUCUGGGGCGACCCCCAGCUGGAGAAGCUGGUGCGGGACAGCGCCGCCGUCUGCCAGGAGCGCUUCGACCCCGACGAGUACUCCAAGGCCGUGCGGGAGGCCAAGCCCGACCUGGCGGAGGAGUGCGCCAGCCCCCGGCGCAUCCGCCUCUGCCUGCAGGGCUGCGCCCGCGAGGAGCUGGCCCCGGCCUUCCAGCGCCUCUCGCUCUGCAUCUAUAGUGGGGGCUCGGCCCACGCCCCCGAGGAGCCCCUGGCGGUGCCAGGCGGGCAGCCCCAGCAGCUGCUCCUCCCCCGCCACGAGCGCUCGGCCCCGGCUGACCUCUCCGACUCGGAGCAGGAGUACGUGACGCCCGACUGGGCCGAGCCCGAGUUCAGGACUCAGGAACCCCUGGAGAUCCCCUACGAGGAGCUCUGGACCAACCAGAACCCAGAGAACUUCUCGGAGCCCGGCGGCAACCGGCCGGGGCUGGGCAGCGCCAACAAAGGGCAGCGCGACCUCAUGUCCUUCGCCGCCUCCUCUCCGCUGGGCUCCCCGCACCGCCCCACCCUGCCCGGGGAGGAAACGCCGCCUCCCGUCCCCCCCAAAUCCGAAGCGGUGAAGGAGGAAUGCCGCCUGCUGAAUGCACCCCCCGUCCCGCCCCGGGGCAGCCGGCCCCAAGCCACCUCCAGCCCACCCGUCCCCCUGCGCUUCCCAAAGCUCCAGCCAGCACAUUCGCCCAGUCCCAGCCUCUCGUACUACUCGUCCGGGCUGCACGACGCGUCAGGGACGCGGAGCGGGAGCUGCUCGCCCUCCCCAGACUCCUACUCCCUCUACUGCUACCCCUGCACCUGGGGCGACUGCAAGGCCGGGGACUCUGCCGGCCGCCAGCUGCCGGGGACCCUGCCGCCCAGCACCCAGCCCAGCCAGAUGUCCUGGUCGGACCCAUGGGCCUACGCCGACACGGGCCCCAGCGUGGCCAGCGGGCGCUCCACGCCCCUGCUGGGGGGCGACGCCCCCAUCAAGACCUACCACAGCUGCCCCCGCCUCAAGGCCCCCCACCCCCAGAAACGCUUCGCCCCUUUCGGGGCCCUGAACCCCUUUGCCAACCCCGCCUACUCGCCCAGCCCCUCCUCCUCCACCGAGUGGCUGGAGGCCCUGGACUGGCAGAAGCCCCCCUCUGCCUCCACGCCGGAGACCUUCGACCCCUUCGAGAGCGCCUCCCCCGAGUCGGAGCACUGCUACAGCCAGGAGGGCCGAGGCGGGGCGGGCGGUGCCUGCCCUGCCCCCCCGCCCCGGCCCCCCAAGAGCCUGGAGACGGAGAGCCUCGUGAUCCGCAGCACGGCGCCGCUCUCGCCCACCAUCGUGCGCAGGGCCGAGGGCGGCGUCACCCGCGUCUACCUCACGCAGGGCGUCAUCGAGGUGCCACCGGCAUCGGCCCCGCGCAGCGGCCCGGGCGAGAGCGCCAGCCACGUGCCCGGUGCGCCCCGGCUGAACGGCGACAGCUCGCCCUGGCAGCCGCCCGCCGACCUGGCGGCGCUGUCCGUGGAGGAGGUGUCCCGCUGCCUGCGCUUCAUCGGCCUCGCCGAGGACGUGGUGAGCUUCUUCGCCCGCGAGCGCAUCGACGGCAGCAUCUUCGUCCAGCUCCCCGAGGAGAUCCUCGCCGACGACUUCCGCCUCACCAAGCUGCAGGUCAAGAAGAUCAUGCAGUUCAUCAAGGGCUGGCGGCCCAAGAUCUAG